CAGGAGUUCAGAGGCGGCCUCUGACCCGGAACUGCACUCCGACUUCCCUCUUUCACCAGCACUACGCCCCGCAGGAUUCUGGGAAAUGUAUUUUUUCCCCCCCUCAAAUGCCUCGCGGAGCCCAAUUACGCAACGUCGGGUCAGCUUCCACCUUUCUUCCGGCCCCCCGGCUCUCCUCAGCAGGCCGCGUGGCCACUGUCCGCGAGGUGGCGCCACAUGGUGCUUAUUAACCCACGCCCCUCCCUAAAAAGCAGGGCAAGCUUACCAUCAAAGCUUCGGGAGGCCAUGGCUAGUCCUCUUUGGCGGCUCCUAGACACCGAGCCGCUAGAGGGCAUCGGUCCCGGCAGGGCCGGAUGGCAAGCGCCGCGGUGACUGGUGCCCGGAAGGGGGCGGGGUGGCCCGCAGGCGCUUUGGCAGAGGAACUGCGGAGAAGGCAGGGGGCCGUUGCGUCAUCAGUCUGCGCCACCCGACGCCUGAGACCCGGGGUGGGAGUGGGAAGUAAGGGGUGGGGCGUCCGUCGCCUUCUGAUGAAUUACUGCCUAAGGCCCGAGGGGAAUCGGGUCCCUGGAGGCUGGUACCUGAGCCCCGAGCUCCUGGGACUGACUGGCAGGUAACGUUGCAGAAAAGGUGACCUUAACAUUUAUAUUUUUUUAAAUGGAAAAAACUGUCGUAACAGACGUUUUUGAACACGAUUCUUAUAAAGCACUCCUCACUCUGCCACCUGGAGAGAACCGCUGGUUUCCAGAUGUGACCCUGGCCUCCGAGCCGAGCCUACGGAUGACGUCAUGUUGGAUGGCUCCUGAAAUAACUUGUUCAGGUCUUAGUUGAAAACAAAGCGUUGCUGGUGCCGUUCACCCUGCAAUUUUCCACAGUAGUAGGCCUUUUCCGACUGUCAGUAAGGCGUUUGAGGUUGAUUUUUUUUUUAGUCUCUGAGAUAUUUCAUGUAACCACUUUAAGGUUGCAGGCGUGUGCCGUACUGUACUUUGCCCUAGGUACACAGUAUCAUCGCAUUGUUCUCUACCCUGUGGAAAUUGCAGGUGUUUUGUGCAUGAACUCCCAGGACCCUGAGUUUAGAUGGGUUUUUCAGACCCGCUGGGAUCCCGCUAGGAUUUGUUUUGUAGACCCAGGUCACCAGAGCGCAGGGCGGGAGAGUCGUCUCAAGGCACAGUGUUUGGACGCCUUGGAAAGCUCCUGCUGACGCUCAACAUUUCAGGAGAUUGAAUUAGUUCUCAAUAAUGGGAAGAACCUACAUUGUAGAAGAGACUAUUGGCCAAUAUCUCUCAAACCUCAGUCUCCAAGGAAAGUCUUUUGUCUCAGGUCUUCUAAUAGGACAGUGUUCUUCCCAAAAGGAUUAUGUGAUUCUUGCCACUAGAACACCACCGAAAGAGGAAAACAAUGAGAACCUCAAACAUCCCAAAGAUAAGGUGGAUAACUUGGAUGAAGAAUGGGCCACAGAACAUGCUAACCAGGUAUCCAGAAUGCUACCUGGGGGACUUUUAGUUCUUGGAGUAUUUAUUAUUACAACAUUAGAAAUGGGAAAUGAUUUUCAAAAUACCCUGCGCAGACUAGUAUUUGCUGUGGAAAAAUCUAUGAAUAAAAAGAGACUGUGGAAUUUCACAGAGGAGGAAGUCUCAGAUCGAGUGACACUUCAUAUUUGCUCUUCUACAAAAAAAAUACUUUGUCGAACUUAUGAUAUCCAUGAUCCAAAGAGUUCAGCAAAACCAGCAGAUUGGAAGUAUCAAAAUGGACUAUCAACUUCAUGGCUUUCUUUAGAGUGCACAGUUCAUAUUAAUAUUCACAUCCCACUGUCUACUACUUCUGUCAGCUAUCCUCUGGAGAAAAAUACAAAGAAUGGACUUGCACGCUGGGCGAAGCAAAUAGAAAAUGGUGUUUAUUUGAUUAAUGGACAAGUUAAAGGUGAAGAUUGUGACCUACUAGAAGGACAGAAAAAACCUAGAGGAAAUGCUCAAGCAAGUAGUUGUUCUUUUGAUGUCAGAGUGUUAACGCAGUUGCUUCUGAAUUCAGACCACAGAUCCACAGCCACCGUCCAGAUCUGCAGCGGCUCUGUAAACCUUAAGGGCGCUGUGAAGUGCAGAGCUUACAUUCAUAGCAAUAAACCCAAGGUUAAGGAUGCUGUGCAGGCAGUGAAGAGAGAUAUAUUGAAUACAGUUGCCGAUCGUUGUGAAAUACUAUUUGAGGAUCUGCUUUUGAAUGAAAUUCCAGAAAAAAAAGAUUCUGAAAAAGAGUUUCACAUCCUUCCUCACCGGGUUUUUGUCCCCAUUCCGGGAUCCACGGUAAUGUUAUGUGAUUAUAAAUUUGGUGAUGAGUCAGCUGAAGAAAUCAGAGACCAUUUUAUAGAGAUGUUAGAUCAUAGGAUUCAAAUAGAAGAUUUGGAAAUUGCAGAGGAAAUAAACACAGCUUUUCUGAGUUCCUCUAUGAAUUCUGAAGCUCCAUUGGACAAUAGAGAUGAUGAACAGCCAAAAGAACCAAUGCAAACUUCAGUAGUAUUGAAAAUUCGGCAAAACAUGGGUAUGAUUGCAGCAUUUGCAGUUGCAGUCCUUGCUGUGGGUAUCUUCUUUCACUACUUCAGUGAUUAGGGUGAAGCACAAAGAGCUUCCUGAUCAUCUGCAGAACAUUGACCAACAAUUAUGAAUAAUAAAAGAUGCAAACAAGCCUUCUGCAUUUAAGACAACAGCAGCCAGGCCUGCUGCCAAACUCCUAUUAGGUGUGUUUCUGACAAAUGAAAUCACCAGCUGCCUUGUUUAGCCCUGCAAUAAAAUUAUUUAUCUAGAUGGAA